AUGAUUAAACAACAGCAACCACAACAACUUAAGACACAAAGCGCCCAGGUCCUUCAAACCAUUACAUACGCCACAUAUGCAUAUAAUUCAAAGACGGCAGAACAAACGCAAAGGUUGAAAUAUGGAGAUUUGGAGAUAGUAUUGAAAAAUGACCAUUUCGAAUUCGUUUGCAAAGGUGGUGCAGUGAUAUCAAAUAUAAAAGAAAUUUUAUUUAUGAAUUCAAAAAUUAAAGGUAUAACGGAUGAUAUAACAUCAAUUCCACCAGAAGAACAAAGAUAUUACGCAUUAAAUGCAUUUCCCAAAGUUUUGAAGAUUGGAAGAUUUAAUUUAAAUGAGGAAUUCAUAAAAGGUUUCCUAAAUGACAUAAUGAAGAAAGCGGAUAAGGAAUAUGUGGCUAGUAAAUUAAUGAAGAAGGCAAAUUUGGUUUAUGUGGAUGAAAAAGAUAAUGAAAUUAAAGAAAGGAUUGAAUGGUAUCAUGAAUGGGCAUCGAAGAUUUUUAAAACUAAAGCUGAUACAGGAUGGGUUUCAGGAUGUUUAGACCUUAAAGCGGAUAAAACUUAUGUUAAUGAUGAGUUAGAGAAGAAAGCGGAUAAGGAAUAUGUUAACGAAAUAUACCAAAGUUUGAUAGGAACAACUAAAAAUAUUGAAACUAUUGUUGGUGACUUUUCUGUCAAUGAAGAAAAUAAAUAUUUUAGAUGGCAGUUUGUACAGUCCUUAAAAAAUGGUACACGGUGUAAACUCAUUCCGAAAAAUAACAAUGAAAUGUAUGUAAGCUAUAAAAAGAAUGAUGACACACAAGUUAAAGUUCCAUUAGUCAACAACUGUUACUUAAACUUAUAUAGAGACGAACAAAAGAGAUAUUUAAGAGUUUAUGAAAUGACAGAUAUGACAUUGUCUAACCUAGCUCCAGCACCAUAUUAUUAUGACUAUGGAGAUGAUGUCAGAACACCACAUGUAGAUGAACAAAAGUUAACAUUAUAUUUAGAUUAUUAUAGAUAUAAAAGAUAUAAUGCAAUAGAAAAAACGAGAAUAGUAUAUUAUUAUACAGAUGACAGAAAUAAAUAUUAUAGUCAAGAUUUUACUUACCCUGAAAACAUAAGAUUAUAUAUUAUAAAAAAUAUUCUAACACAAAUCAGAAGAAACCCGAAAUAG